GAGGAAGACCUGCGCUUGUUCGAAAAGGUUAAAAUAUUGGAGGAGCUGAAGGACCUACGGAAGUAUGUUCAAAGGGUUGAAAACAAAAUCACUUAUGUUGAAAAAAGUCUUUCAGAAAUAAAGGUACUACUUCUGAAGUUGGUUGGCAAACCGAACCCAUCGGUUGAGGAAGAGGUUGAUAAGGAUGCAAUUGGGGAUGAACGAGUACCUGCCGGUGAAGAUGUUUUGAAGACAAGUGUUGUUAAUGAUGAUGGUGUUGCUGAUGAUGCGGCUGCGGGUGACGGUGAGAACAACGUACAAGAAGAGGAACCAAAUGUAGCCAUUGAAGAAGUGUCGAUGCAGGUUGAGGUUGUGAAAGGAGAUGCUGACCAUGUUGCUGAUAGUGAAGAUGGUGAAGAUGCCACACGGGCAGAUGUAAUCAUCUCCACUGUAAUGACUGAGGUGAAUUGGGAAACUGAGCAGAAUAAGGUAGCAAGCAACUUCCCAGAUCUUAUGAUGUCUUUAAAUGAG